UGUUGUGUUUUUGGAAUUAGCAGUCAUCAAAUUCAGCACCUUGAACAGUUCCCAAAUGAGAAUGAGAACCGGUCUUUGAAGGACACAUCAAUUGGGGAAAGAUCUGCAUACCACCCCUUUACUCUGCUCCUUUACUAUUUCAACAUCCAGAACAUUGGACUUCAAGAGAGAAACUCUGGAUGAGUUGUAUGACAGAGGGAGAUCUAGAGUUGGGGGCUUGGCCGUACAGCCCUGAUAUCUGGAUCUGGAAACAGAUACAACCAGUGAGGCCUUUUGUAGGAACACCAUAUAUGGCAAACACAUUGUAAGAGAAGGAUCAAGUCAAGAACAACUUCACAAGGGCAGUCUUCUGAAGAAAAUGAGUUCCGAGGUGAGCUGCUAAACCAAAGGUGGACAAGCGAGGAGAAAAGCAACAGCUGCAAAACAACAAAAAGGUUAAACAGCAGGGAGUCCAAGAUGAAUGUAGAGAAUGACGACAAAAGAACACGUACACGAUCCAAAACAAUCAGAGUUAUCCCAGUGGAGCUCCUGGGACAGGAUUUGAGCUGCCCCACACCAGGAUGUAACGGCUCAGGACAUAUAAGUGGAAAGUAUGCAAGACAUAGAAGUUUACAAAGUUGCCCUCUGGCACGAAAAAGAAAGUUACAGGAAUCUGAAAUGGAGCACCCUCUUUCCAAACGGAAGUCACACCCACUUAAGCUUGCACUAGAUGAAGGAUACAACAUUGAUAGCGACGGAAGUGAGGAAAUUGAGUUAAAAGAAGACGAGACUGCAACAGAGGACUCUGAAGGAUCAUUGGAUGAAACAGAAGAGGAAUCUGAAAACACAGAACCCAAAGAUGUUCACAGCCCAGAGGCAGAAGAAGCUGAAAGCUCAGCAAAAUCAACUUUUGAAACGCUUAAAUCUAACAAUGAAACAAGUCCUUCUGCAAAAGCCAAUUACAGCAGCUAUCAAGAAAUCAUUGCCAACUCUCUCUUAAACCUAGGCCAAAUAGCUAAGGAAGCACUGGUGUCAGAGGGGCACUUGCCAGAAAGUGAGCUGGAGGCUUCCAAGCCUAGUGCCGGAGUUUUACAAGUAGUGCAACAUGAGGUUGAGGAAUCUCUAGUUGAAGAGGUCUGCGAUAAAGAUAUUAUCAUUCAAACAGAAGAUGCAGAAGAAGUAAUUGAGGUAACCAGUGAACCCAGCAGUGAGUCAUGUCUUGAACAGAGGGAUGACGUAAACUGUGACGAUGUGUGUAAGCUACAGAAGGAUAUGGAUGAUGAAGAUGAUGAUGAAGAAGAUGAUGAUGAUGUGGACGAAGAAGAUGAAGAUGAUGACCUGGAUGAUGAUGAAGAGGAGGAAGAAGAACACUCCUCUGAAAUAAUCAGCCAAGAAUCUGCCAGUGCUCCUCAGGACUCACCCAAAAUCCACUGUGAAGGACAAUUCAGUCCAAAACCUGCAUAUUCUGUUGUCGUGGAGGUCAGGUCUGAUGACGAUAAAGAUGACGACAGCCAUUCUCAGAAGUCAGCUGUGACAGACGAGUCUGAAAUGUAUGACAUGAUGACUCGCGGCAAUCUGGGACUUUUAGAGCAAGCCAUUGCGCUGAAAGCUGAGCAGGUAAAAGCUGUGCGGGAACCCAGCCGAGCACCAGCAGAAAACAUUAAGAGUUUUCAAGCGGAUGAGAAACAAAGAUCGUUAGACAGCAUGAGAAAAACAUUUUAUGAUGCUGCUAGACCUGAAAAGCGAGAAAUUAAAUGCCCCACACCUGGAUGUGAUGGGACAGGACACGUUACAGGGCUGUACCCACAUCACAGAAGUCUCUCAGGAUGCCCUCACAAGGACAGAAUCCCUCCAGAGAUCUUGGCCAUGCAUGAGAAUGUACUAAAGUGUCCAACUCCAGGCUGCACAGGGCAGGGUCACGUGAACAGCAACCGGAAUACACACAGAAGUUUAUCUGGUUGUCCUAUCGCUGCGGCUGAGAAAUUGGCAAGAUCCCAUGAAAAACAGCAGCAGCCAGGGGAUCUCACCAAAAAUAGCUCCAACUCAGACAGAAUACUCAGGCCCAUGUGCUUCGUGAAGCAAUUGGAAAUACCCCAGUAUGGCAGCUAUAGGCCCAACAUGGUUCCUGCAACCCCCAGGGCUAACCUGGCCAAGGAGCUUGAGAAGUACUCCAAGGUUACUUUUGAUUAUGCAAGUUUUGAUGCUCAGGUUUUUGGCAAACGCUUGCUUGCCCCAAAGAUUCAAACAAGCGAAACCUCACCCAAAGCCUUUAAAUGUAACACUUCUUCCUCAUCCUCUGGUUUUGACUACACUCAUGACGCAGAAGCAGCUCACAUGGCUGCAACUGCCAUCUUGAAUUUGUCAACUCGGUGCUGGGAGAUGCCAGAAAACCUCAGCACUAAACAGCAAGAUCUCCCUAGCAAACAAUCUAUGGACAUUGAAGUGGAUGAAAAUGGAACCCUAGAUUUAAGCAUGAACAAACACAGGAAACGAGAAAACACAUUCCCCAGCAGUAGUAGUUGUAGCAGUAGUCCCAGCAUGAAGUCCCCUGACCAGUCUCAACGCCAAAACUGUACCAGUGCCACUAGCAGCACCAUGACCUCACCCCAGUCCAGCCAGACAUCCAGACAAGAUGAUUGGGAUGGCCCUAUUGACUAUACCAAGCCAAAUCGUCAGCGUGAAGAGGAACCAGAAGAAUCGGAACCAGCAGUAGCAUCUUUUGCGUCUUCAGAAGCUGAUGACCAGGAGAUGCAGGAGGAGAACUUUGAGGACAGAAAAUAUCCAGGAGAUGUCACGCUGUCAAAUUUCAAAAUGAAAUUUCUCUCUAAGGAUAGCAAGAAGGAACUUCUAACUUGUCCAACACCGGGGUGUGACGGAAGUGGACAUAUUACUGGAAACUAUGCCUCUCACCGCAGCCUUUCUGGUUGUCCUCUUGCUGACAAGAGUCUCAGAAAUCUCAUGGCUGCCCACACUGCUGAUCUCAAGUGCCCAACUCCAGGUUGCGAUGGCUCAGGACACAUUACAGGGAAUUAUGCAUCUCAUCGGAGCCUGUCAGGCUGUCCCCGUGCCAAGAAAAGCGGAAUGAAAGUUACGCCCACUAAAGAUGACAAGGAUGAUCCUGAACUAAUGAAGUGUCCUGUACCAGGUUGUGAUGGGCUAGGACACAUCAGCGGUAAAUAUGCCUCACACCGCAGUGCAUCUGGUUGCCCACUGGCUGCUCGUCGGCAGAAAGAAGGAGCUCUUAACGGCUCAGCAUUUUCCUGGAAAUCAUUGAAGAAUGAAGGUCCUACGUGCCCAACUCCAGGAUGUGAUGGAUCAGGACAUGCUAACGGGAGCUUCCUCACUCACAGGAGUUUGUCAGGUUGUCCACGAGCUUCUUUUGCCGGGAAGAAGGGGAAGCUUUCUGGUGAUGAUAUCCUUGGCACAAAGUUCAAGACCAGUGAUGUGUUAGAAAACGACGAGGAAAUUAAACAGCUUAACAAGGAAAUAAAUGAACUAAACGAAUCCAACUCAGAGAUGGAAGCGGAUAUGGUGAAUCUCCAGUCUCAGAUAAAGACAAUGGAGAAGAACUUGAAAAACUUUGAAGAGGAAAACAAAGUUAUAGAGGAGCAGAAUGAUGCCCUGUUUGUAGAACUUUCAGGGUUAAGCCACGCCCUUAUCAGAAGUCUUACCAACAUUCGCCUCCCACAUAUGGAGCCAAUAAGUGAACAGAAUUUUGAUACUUAUGUUAACACCCUAACGGAUAUGUACAGCAACCAGGAAUGUUAUCAGAAUCCAGAGAACAAAGCCUUGCUGGAAAGCAUCAAACAAGCAGUUAAAGGAAUCCAGGUGUAAAAUAUAUACAAGAGACUUUAUUCUCCAGUAUUCAGGGACUUCAGCCAAGUGGCAUGUGCAUUGAAUCA